AUGGUACUGAAGUGGGACGAUGCCGUGACAGCUGCCAGACACUGCCGAGGGCUACAACCGGGCAAGCAGGUGACUGUCCUGGAUGAAGUUGACUUCGCUGAGUAUUCGGCGAGAGACCAGGGCCGUCUCCUCAGCAUCAAUGUGCCGGCGCAGCUUUGCACGGUCCAGUUCAGAGGACGCCGUUUGCCAGUAGAGGUGCCUGUCCGGCACUUGCGGCUCAGUCAUGCGGAUGAGCUUACAGAAAGCCCCCUAGCUGCAGAGAAAACGCGGCCCAGUUUCGAAGCCAUUUUUAUGUUUUACACAAUAUCCACCAGCUCCGGCAACGGCUGUGAUGGGGAGCUUCGUAGCCGCAUAGCCGUAGCGCCCGGACCGCAGCGUCAGUCGGCAGAGGAAGCACCCACCUUCAGAGGAGAUGCGCAGAGAGCGGCGGCCGGCAAGGCUCUUGUCCACAUGUGUCCGUCCCUCUUCACACCGUUGAUUCUCAAUAGGUUCUCCAUCGUGCGGAAGCGCCUUCAUGAGGAGCUCUGCGCCAGCGAUUGGAGCGACUGGAAGGAUCUCGCUCGUGGGAGCCCUCAGGGCCCACGGCGAAGUCGCAGCGAUUCCUCGGGCUGCCGUGGGCCGCAGGUCACGGACGACACGAAUCUGCAGCCCGGGGUGGCGGCUCUUCGUGACAUGUUGUUUGUAGCAGCCCAGCCGCAGGACCAGCUGGACACGCCAUCAACGGUUGCGACCGACUCCCCAAUCGACAUGAUCUGGUCCCCGCGGCAGCGUUGGGUCUACGAAGGUCCUGCCCAGCUUGUCACGGAGCUACCAGGUGCCUGCAGAUCACCGCGUCCCGACAGCGCCAUGACACCGCCGCGCAGGACAAGAGCUUGGCUGAGCAACCCACCCUUCUCACACCGGGUCGAGCCGCAGAUACUUCUGCCUCCCCACACCUCGCCUCCACGAUAUGCAGGCCUGCGCCCUCCAGGAAACCUGCUGGGCAGCAUCUCUACUUUGCCCACAGUCACCACAGCCAGAAUAAAAGACUCGUCGUCAAAGCAAGCCUCUGAUGCUGGGCAAGAAGAUGGUUCCAGAUCCGCCGAUCAGGCCUUGGCUCAGCAAAAGCACGGCGCUGCACCAGAGACGAGCCCCAGAAGAAAACCAGAGCUAAUGUUGGAGGCCAGCAACAUCACGGUAGACCCCGAGCCUGACGUUCGCCGAGAAGACGAGGCUUGCAGCUCUGGCAGAUCCCCCAUCCGGCAGCAGAUUGACCAGAUUCAGGCUGAGUCGGCAGAGGCAUUGAGGCUGUUGGGAGCGCAACGUCCGGAUCAGUUCUUCGGGGAGAUGCCUGUAGAGCUGGAAGAGGCGCAAAGGGACGAUGGUGAGGUCCAGGCGGUCGAGUCCGACGACUUUGGCUCACGCGGUGCGGGCUUCGUUGCUCCAGAGGCGGCUUGCGCUGCUGCAGAUCCAGUGACUACUGCGGGCGACGCAGAAGACGAGGUGCCGCUGGGCGAGCCCCAAACGGCAGAGUCUGAAGAAGUUGGCUCAGACCGCGCGGGCUUGGUUGCUGCAGAGGCAGUGAGCCCGGUGUGGAAUGCAGAGCCGUAUGCAGGCCAGGGAGAAGACGAGGCGCAAAUGGACGACGGCGUGGUCGAGUCCGACGACUUUGGCUCACGCGGUGCGGGCUUCGUUGCUCCAGAGGCGGCUUGCGCUGCUGCAGAUCCAGUGACUACUGCGGGCGACGCAGAAGACGAGGUGCCGCUGGACGGGGGCGAGCCCCAAACGGCGGAGUCUGAAGAAGUUGGCUCAGACAGCGCGGGCUUGGUUGCUGCAGAGGCAGUGAGCCCGGUGUGGAAUGCAGAGCCGUAUGCAGGCCAGAGAGAAGACGAGGCGCAAAUGGACGACGGCGUGGUCGAGUCCGACGACUUUGGCUCACGCGGUGCGGGCUUCGUUGCUCCAGAGGCGGCUUGCGCUUCUGCAGAUCCAGUGACUACUGCGGGCGACGCAGAAGACGAGGUGCCGCUGGACGGGGGCGAGCCCCAAACGGCAGAGUCUGAAGAAGUUGGCUCAGACAGCGCGGGCUUGGUUGCUGCAGAGGCAGUGAGCCCGGUGUGGAAUGCAGAGCCGUAUGCAGGCCAGAGAGAAGACGAGGCGCAAAUGGACGACGGCGUGGUCGAGUCCGACGACUUUGGCUCACGCGGUGCGGGCUUCGUUGCUCCAGAGGCGGCUUGCGCUUCUGCAGAUCCAGUGACUACUGCGGGCGACGCAGAAGACGAGGUGCCGCUGGACGGGGGCGAACCCCAAACGGCAGAGUCUGAAGAAGUUGGCUCAGACAGCGCGGGCUUGGUUGCUGCAGAGGCAGUGAGCCCGGUGUGGAAUGCAGAGCCGUAUGCAGGCCGGGGAGAAGACGAGGCGCAAAUGGACGACGGCGUGGUCGAGUCCGACGACUUUGGCUCACGCGGUGCGGGCUUCGUUGCUCCAGAGGCGGCUUGCGCUGCUGCAGAUCCAGUGACUACUGCGGGCGCCGCAGAAGACGAGGUGCCGCUGGACGGGGGCGAGCCCCAAACGGCAGAGUCUGAAGAAGUUGGCUCAGACAGCGCGGGCUUGGUUGCUGCAGAGGCGGCCGGCACUACGGCCAAUCCAGAACCUGCUACUGGAGAAGACCCGGUGUCGAUGGAGGAAGUUGGCUCGGGCGCCGGCUUCAUUCUUCCAGAGGCCAGUGCCGCCGCCUGCACCGGAGAAGACAAGGUCGAUGAAGACAACGAUUUCGAUGAGAUGGAAGUAGAAAGUCAGCUGAGCAGCGACAGCUUUCGAGCAAGCCCUUCUCCAGAUGAGGCCGCUCUUAGGGAUGAGAGCUCGAGUGAAGCCUCCGACCUGGAAGACCAAGCCAGAUCUGAAAUUUCAGAGUCGGCACCACGAAGCAGAAGAGGGCCGACCCAGUCUCAACAGGAGGAGUGCUCCUCGACGUGGCGCUCGCAAACUUCCGGGCCUGCAGGGCCUUCGAGCCGUGUUUGGCAGGACGCCGUGAAGAAUCCUUGGGCACUGAUGCAAGCGAGGAGAGUUCCGGAUCUGCAGCACGAAGCAGCAGCAGCGAGGCACAAGACCAUCCGGAAGUGUUCACAGCUCAAGCUCUGGGAUGGCCUCAAGAGGAGGAAGCGGCUUCUUUUAUGGCUGGAAACCUCCAGGACAAGGUCAGCUUUCACAGCCUGCCUCGAUCUGCGAGUGGUACAGAAGCAGCCGAAGCCGUUGCUGCUGCUUGGUCUGCGGACGAAGCAAGCCCCGACGGUUCUUGGCGAUCUCUGCCACGAAGCCAUAGCAGCAGAAACAAGCAGGAAGCGGUCCGAAAUGAAGCGCUUGAUGGGUCACAAGAUGAGAUGGUCCUGGCUUUCGGACAGCAAGUCUCGCAGAAUGGAGGUGUCAUGCGAGAGACUACAGCGCUCACACCACAGGACGGAGGAGCAAGCCCCGAGAGCUCCGGAAGCCGCAGCAGAAGCAGGCGAAGGGAACAAAAGGAGGAGGCUGACCGCCACUAUGAUGCUGGGGAGUCUGCGACACGACACCGCGAUGGCAGAAGCAGGCGCAGUGAUGCGCCCAGGGAUGAGAUGGCGUCCGCCUUCGGGCCCGUACAGGAGGAUACUGACAUCCGGUCAGACGGACAAUCCACACCUUACUCGCAAGCUGAGGCGGGUGAGAAGAGCCCAGCUUCGCCUGCGCAGCCAGUGGCGCGCAAUGGCGCAAGCUGGCCAACAGAUGACACGCCGGCAGUGCACUCAGCUGCGCUACAGCUGCCUCAUGCUGCUUUUUUCGGCCCACUUGCCCAUUGGCCUCGCGGUGGAUAUUCUAGCUUCGCCGACCGUUCCUACCUGCAUCGAGCAGGGGGUUGAAGCCAAGGAGUUUGGCUGGCCAGCGAGCAGCGCAGCCUUCGGGCAACAUGCCGUUAGCGAGGCUGAGAGUCCAGAGCGGGUGAGAAGAGCCCAGCUUCGCCUGCGCAGCCAGUGGCGCGCAAUGGCGCAAGCUGGCCAACAGAUGACACGCCGGCAGUGCACUCAGCUGCGCUACAGCUGCCUCAUGCUGCUUUUUUCGGCCCACUUGCCCAUUGGCCUCGCGGUGGAUAUUCUAGCUUCGCCGACCGUUCCUACCUGCAUCGAGCAGGGGGUUGAAGCCAAGGAGUUUGGCUGGCCAGCGAGCAGCGCAGCCUUCGGGCAACAUGCCGUUAGCGAGGCUGAGAGUCCAGAGCGGGUGAGAAGAGCCCAGCGUCGCCUGCGCAGCCAGUGGCGCGCAAUGGCGCAAGCUGGCCAACAGAUGACACGCCGGCAGUGCACUCAGCUGCGCUACAGCUGCCUCAUGCUGCUUUUUUCGGCCCACUUGCCCAUUGGCCUUGCGGUGGAUAUUCUAGCUUCGCCGACCGUUCCUACCUGCAUCGAGCAGGGGGUUGAAGCCAAGGAGUUUGGCUGGCCAGCGAGCAGCGCAGCCUUCGGGCAACAUGCCGUUAGCGAGGCUGCGGAGUGGCCUCAAGAUGACAUGGCUCUGGCAUUUGGGCAAGAGACCUCGAAGGCCACAUCUUCGAGCGGUGUGUGGCCACAAGAUGUGAACGAUGAACCGCGCUCACCCCACUCGAGAGCCAAGGCGGGUGAGAAGAGCCCAGCUUCGCCUGCGCAGCCAGUGGCGCGCAAUGGCGCAAGCUGGCCAACAGAUGACACGCCGGUUGAAGCCAAGGAGUUUGGCUGGCCAGCGAGCAGCGCAGCCUUCGGGCAACAUGCCGUUAGCGAGGCUGCGGAGUGGCCUCAAGAUGACAUGGCUCUGGCAUUUGGGCAAGAGACCUCGAAGGCCACAUCUUCGAGCGGUGUGUGGCCACAAGAUGCCUUCGAAUGGCCGACCAGCCAAAGCCAGACACCAUCUGCAGCCAGCGGGAGUUUCCCUCCGUGGGCAAUUGAGGCAACCGUUGCCGCAGCCCCGGUGCAGCCCGAAGCAGGGCCCAAGGCCAGCGAGCCAGAGAAGAAACCCGCCGCGGCCUUUCUAGAAGAUCUGACGCAAAGUGCUUCACCAACGCGACCUACCCUGCGGAGGAGCGCUACGCAGGCUUCCAGCGAGAGUCCGUCCAAGCGAAGCAUCGGCGAGGAUGGAGCGCAUAGCAGCUCUCCCAGCCGCCGUGCCCAGCUACGACGGAGUCACACGCAGGGCGACAGCAUCUCGCCAAACCGACGCACCUCCACCUGGGGAACCGCGCAGGCUCGGUACGGCGACGAUAGUGGUCCCAACUUGAAGGAGGACAUGGCGCAGUUCAUGCCAUGGGGCGCCUAA